CUAGUCGUCUGCGUGUAUGACUACUUUGUCCUUUCGUGUUUAUCCCGAGCCGACCAGGCUCAACGCAAGUGGUCCCAUGUAGGUCCCUAUAAUACAGUCUUCUAUGGACAAGGAACUUCCCUGGAUUGGAGAUGUCCCCCCAGCCCACUUUAAUUUGGCAGCAUUCAGCUGUGGAUGCAACACACGAUUAGCUGCAGUGGGUUCUGCAGAAGAAUGCAACCUAAUCACGGAGGUAAACUCCAUCCGUCCUCAGCUGAGAAACCCGAAUCCUUGUCGGCGAAGUUCUACUCAGAGCGAGAUGGGCCAUCGUUGCCAGCUUUUCUCACCGAGCACGGCUGAUAGACUGUCAUCGUCUGCAUGUACGGCUGAGAGACAGGAUCGGAGUCUGCUGCGCUGGUUCGGUGAGGACGUGGUGAGCUGAAGUGUGAACUAGGUAGGCUUGCUGAGGUGGGAUUCGUGUGAAUGGGGUCUGUGGCUGUCUGUUUCUUAUGUGGGUUUUGGGUGGCG